CCGAUGGGUAUCUGCAANAGGAAGAUCGACCGAAAACAGCGUUUGUGCUUUUCGAAGGUACGUGGCAAUGGAUUCGAUGUCCGAUGGGUAUCUGCAACGCCCCUGCGACUUUCCAGCGGGCCAUGAACAUGGCUUUUCAGAACUUUGUACGGAACACUCGUUUGGCGCAGAGCAUCAUCAACUACUGCGUGAUUGUGUACAUGGAUGACAUCCUAGUGUAUUCGAGUUCCUACGAGGGACACGUGCAACACAUCGAAUGGGCACUACAUGCGUUACGAGAUGCAGGUUUCAAGGUGGCGCUUGAGAAGUGUCAUUUUUUCCUCACCACCAUUUCUUUCCUGGGGCACGUGGUGACAGACAAGGGACUCCAACCGGAGCCGCAGAAGGUGGCAGCUAUCAGGGACGCGCCAGUGCCUACCAUUAUCACGCAAGUUCGUGCCUAUCUGGGCCUAGCCUCGUAUUACCGAAGAUUUAUCAAGAGCUUUGCGGCAAUUGCGGGACCCCUCACGAAUCUCCUGCGCAAGGAUCAGCCGUUGAUCUGGACGCCGGAGUGCGAUCAAGCGUUUUCCAAACUCAAGGCUGCUCUCAUUUCGACUCCGGUCCUUAUAAGACCAGAUCCCGAAAAACCUUUUGUUCUCAUCACGGACUGGCAGCCAGAGGCGAUCUCGGCGAUCCUUGUCCAGGUGGGACCAAGCGGACUCGAGAGUGUAGUGGAGCAUGCGUCUAAAUCAGUGCCCGCCUGCAAGCGCAAUUACGCCGCUCCAACGGGUAAAUGCUAUGCGGCUCUCUGGGGAAUCAGUCACUUCUGUGCUUACCUGUACGGGCGAAAAUUCACCCUGGUGACUGAUCAUGAGCCCCUGUUGGCUCUGAAGAAGUCGAAGGAUUACUCGGGCAUGAUCGGGCGAUGGGCAACGGUGCUGCAGAGCAUGGACUUUGACAUUCGUCAUCGAAAGCACGAGAGACACGGAAAUAUGGACGGACUGACACGACUGCACCGGCCUGAGAAAGUUCCGAGGAAUGAGGAGGUGAUUCCGUGGAACGGACCCGAGCAGAAGAUUGGACCUCGGUACGGCCAAGUAGAGAUUUUAUCAAAGCAAGUACAGGUGACGUGGACGGGUACUAGCGAGCACCCCACGUGGAUCGAGAAUCCGGAACUGUUGAUCAUACGGGGUUGGAGGACUAACGCAGAAGGAGAUCUUAUUGGAUUUCUCUUUGGAUCGGUACGACCGGGUCGCCGUCAGUUGAUCGCACAGGAGCUCCUCGCACCGAUCGUGCAAUUGGCGGACGAUCUCUCGCCCGACAUCUACUUUCUGAGCGACAACCGUCCUGCUCCAUACAUUUUUGAGCGAUCCUUGGAUCCGUACCUUCAGUGGACUUCAUGCUUGGAGGAACCUAGGGACGAGGAUACGCUACCAUCGCGGCAGGAGUAUCUUAAGCCGUACGAGAUCAUCCCUUACGCCUUCUACCCGAGGGCAGAAGAAGUGGUGAUCGACGACGACGACGGCGAAGAAGAAGACGACGACGAGGAAACAUCGGAGGAGGGAAGCUAUAAUGAACAUAGCGAGGGCGAGCUGAGUGAGGAGAAACAGGAAGAAGAAGGAACCGGGUCCGAGUGGGAAGUCCUGCCGGAGGAAGCGACGCGCACGGGAACGGAAGCGGAAGAUCCGGAAGUGGAGCGGAAGCGCGAAGAAAUUGCCGCCGGGAAGUGCGAGCUGGCCUUCGCUAGUGAGGCUAGCUUGCGCAUCGGUAGCGAUCCAACCAGGGAUCCGAAGCCGCCAAGGCCCGAAGAUGGCGACCCUGCAGCCGCCUCCUCAAGUACCGCGUGACGGAGACGGCGCCGAUCCCCCUCCUCCUCCAGCCCCACCCGUCCCCCAGUUCGCUCACGUACCAAUGCG